CGGACCACAUCAUCAGUCUUUCCAAGAUUCCCGAACACAGAGCUCUCGAACACGGUAUCUCAUUUGUCGAGAAUCGCGGUGACAAAACGACAACGAAUCGAUCGACGAAAAUCGCACGUGCUCGCUUCGUUACAGAAGACACGUACUUUUUUUGCGGCGCAUCAAGAUCAAUCAUGGUGUGGGAGAAGCUCUUCGCCGUGGUGCUUCUCGGUUUCGUUGCGAUCGCUCUGAGCUUGCCGCAGCAGUCGAAGACCAAGAGACCCGUCCCGGUGUUUAAGCAUAACAAAACUGGCGGCUUGCUGCUUCCCGACAACGCGACGCUCAUCCGCGAUAACAUCGUCGACACGUUCUCGUGCCAGGACAGAAUCUAUGGAUAUUACGCCGACAUGGACAACGACUGUCAACUAUUUCACGUGUGCAUGCCCCAAACGAGAAGCUCGAUCAGAUGGAGCUUCAUCUGCCCCGCUGAGACAGUUUUCAAUCAGGCAACAUUUGUGUGCACGCAAACAGAAAGCUCGAUACCUUGCGAGGAGUCGGAAAAAUAUUACGCGUUGAACGAAGAGAUCGGAAAAGAAGUGGAGGAAGAGGAGGAGGCGGAUCAGGAUCGAGGGAAGCAAAACUCCACAAAGAUUUCUGUAUCUGAAGUGGAAACGAUCUCGAAGAAACCUCCGAGAAAUUUGAGACUAACGGAUCGGGAAAGAUCGUUUCAACGUUCUCUCUAAGGGAAGAUAUACUUUUUCUCAAAUUGUUUGAAGAAAACACACUGUCCUACAAAAUGAUCGUGAUUAUAGCUGGCCAGCACAAUCGCGAUUUAAAUAAAAAAACAAAUUUAACUUGCCACAAUCGAAGUUGACUAAAUGCUCAUUUAAUGUUUAAGAUGAUCGCGAGUAGAUAAAAAUUAAAUAUCGCAUAUUGCAUAAUCGUGCGCAAAAAAAGUAUAUAUCGAACAAUUAUGUCUCUUAUGUAAUUAUUCAAGGAAUAAAAUAAAA